CAAAACUCAUAUUAAUUUUGGUGUCCUCUUAAAUUUCGAGGUCCGUUCCGGAAAUCCUGUAGUCCAUGUUCCUAUUUAUUUUUCAAGCCGUAACCCAUUUGACAUUUUGUGUACGAUGAUAGUCAGGUGAACGAGGUCCAUUUUGCUUUUUGUUUUCUGGAGCGUUCGUUUAUUCGUUCGUAAUGACCGUAGUUUAGAGUCCAAAAUCUCGAUUGAGGUGUUCCCAAUGAGGAUUAAUAUUUUUCUUCCUUUGUGCUUCCUUUGGCUCGUGAUUGGUGGUUUUGCUGUAAAGGUAGUUAUACUACCGUUAUGGGGGCCAAGUCACUACCUCGUUCUGUCUAAACUUGGAGAGGAACUCAAUAGAAGAGGCCAUGAGGUAUCGAUUUUUGUGUACCAAGGCGCUCAUUAUUCCUCCGAGGAAAAACCUCUCGUCAAAGUCUUUCAAACAACAAACACAAGUGCAAUAAUCGACCAUGCUACAGGAGUAUCAUUUACCAAAGGGAAAUCAAUUCCAGAAUUAAUUCACGAAUUAUUUUGGCUACAGAAAGUCUACUGCGACAGCUUUCUAAGUGACGAGAAAGUCKUAAAUGAACUCAAAGSCACAGAUGUCAUUGUUGGUGAUUCGGUCUUCAUGUGCUCUGCACUGGUYGCUGCCAAAUUUAACAUUCCUCACGUUACCGUUGUCCAAAGCACUCUGCCAGGAACUCCAACACUGCAACUUUAUGGUGUGUCAACGUACCCAAGCUAYRUCCCACAAAUGUUUUCAGCGUUAUCUCCARAUAUGGGUUUACUUGGUCGAGUUAAGAACUUUCUGUUGUACAUAGGAAGGUUUGUYAKAUCAGAGRUGURUAGCCGUUUCUAUAGUGAAGUGAAGACAAAACACAACAUCAAACCCAAAGAAAGCAUUUACAAGACACUGCGAACGGUGGAUUUAGUUWUACUUGAKARGAAUCUACUGCYAGACUAUGCUAUGCCCUURCCACCUUGUAAGUAGUUAAGUAAGCACUUUGUGAACCUAAUUUCAUUGAUAUUACUAUGAAUUAAUUUUACAGAUGUAAAAGAG